ACCACUCUGCUCAGCCCAGAGGAGCAGCCACACAGAAAAAAAGUUAAAAUCAACUCAGAGGGAGGGAGAGAGGGGGGAGAAAACGCCCUGGAAACUUGGUUGAUCGAGAAGUAGGAGAACAGUGACAGAAUCUUAACAGACUACAAAGUUGUGACUGGAAGAAGUGCUUUUUCUUGGGCUGGGGAUAAGGGGAGACGUUUUCAAGGAUGCUCAAGCCCGUGUGAGGCUUCUUGGGCGCUCAGACUGCGCACAGAAGUCAAGAAUACAAAAACCACAGCAACAGACUGAAGCCCUUGGCCUUGCUUGAGCAAUCCGAGGAAAACCAAGACAGUUUCCAUCACACCAGGGCUUAAAUAGAGGAAAGCAAAAACAAGAUGGCUGAAGAAGAGGAAACCAGGGAGGUGCUCUUUCCAGAUUGGGAGGGCCCAGACAAAACUGGCUUGACCAUUGAACAGACAAGUGGAGGAGAAAUCUUUGUUAAAGAAGUGAAAGGAGAGUCACCAGCAGCACGUUCUGGAAAAGUAUAUGAAGGCGACCAGAUUGUAGGUGCAACUGUCUACUUUGAUAAUAUGAGCUCAGAAGAAACAGCUGAGCUAUUGAAGACAUUGAACCGCCACAAGGUUGGACUGAAACUACAAAAUAAAGGAGACAAAUCCCCAUGCUGCUCACCCUUGAGCACACCAUGUCGUUCACCAAUGGGAACCCUGACAUGGGAAGGGAAGACCCGGUUUGGAGGUUCUAGUCCAGACAUCAUCCUUAGUGGAGAUGAUGAGGACUAUAAGAGAAUAUACACAAAAAAGAUUAAACCAAGGCUGAAGUCUGAAGACCUUGCAGAGGGAGUAGAUGUUCGCACAGAGCGGCAUAGCAGUACAAGCAGCGAUGGCAGCACAAUAACCACCAUCACCCGCCGCAUCACUACCUACACUGUGGAGAUGCCAAGUGGCAUAAGUGAGCAACUUGAAUUUUCAAACCCAGAGUUCAAGGGGCUAAGGCACGAAUCUGGAGAUGGCUCUCCUCGUAUCAGAAUCUCACAUGGCAGCCCCUCAGGUAAAGUGGGAGCAGAAGAGGGAGUUUUUGAGUCAAGCAAUGUCUCUUACACUGGGCCAGAAGUUAGCUCCACAGAGACACGCUGGGGUAGUCGGGGAGUUCAGACCACAACAAUUACAAGAGAGGGGGAAAGAGGUACAGGUCUUAAGUUUAAAGGGCCCAACUUUGGGGUUACAGGCCAGGGAGGUUUUGAGAUCUCAAGAGGGAGUGGAGAGCAAGGAGAUGGCAGCAUUCAGGUAUCAGGAACAAGCAUGACACCAAGUGACAGCACAAACACUGGUAGUAGGCAUAUUACAAGGGGUGGGUUGGGAGGUGCAGAGGUAACCUCAGCUGAUGAAAAUGGAGGGACAAUUAGUCUGUCUUUACCAGAAAAAACAAUCCAGAUACAGGAGGGAAAUGUUGACACCAGUUUAGGUGAAAGGACAAAGAUGAAGGUAUCCGAAACAACCAUCAGUCACCCGCAGGCAAAGGGAUCAAGCAGAUUUGAUAUGCCAAAUGUCAGAUUUGGUGGCGGUUCCAGAGGUAUUGAUACUGAAUCAAGUGGUGGCAGGAUAGGAGGAUCUGUAAUAACAGUAGGCAAUGUUACCUCAGGAUAUUCCUCAGGGCCAGGCAAGAUUUCAAUGACAGGUCUGGACGUUAACCUUACAGGUUCAAGGAUGAAAGGUGAGGUUGAUGCCAACCUGCCAAGCAGAAAGGGAGGAAUACAAGCAUCUGCAAUAGACGUUUCAGGCAAAGAAAAUGAGGGCACUGUGAGUGGCAUAAAAAUGUCAACAAUCAAGAUGCCUGCAACUGGAAUUAGGAAAGAGGGAACUAGUGUUGAAGUUAAACUCAGUGGUGAUGCAGAUAUAUCAGUACCUGUGACUCAAAAAGAGGUUCAAAAACCAGAACUAGACAUCAAAGGGACAGAUAUGCAGCCAGUUGUCAAUGUUAGAUUUACAGAAGCUGCCAGUGACUUAAAAGCACCUGAAAUCACCUCUAGCAUUCAAACCAAAGUACCAAUGAGUGUGGGAAAUCUUGAUGUAACAGUGCCAAAGACUGAGGGAAAAAUAAAGGAACCCAAAGUAGACAUUAAAGGUCCAGCUAUAAACAUUGAGGGGAAAGAAGGGGGUUUCAAAAUGUCUCAGAUAAAGACACCAUCAUUUGGGGCCAAGGGACAAAAUGUUGAUGUAAAAACUGAGGUUGAUAUUAAAGCACCAGAAAUUGAUGGUGGGAGAUCUGAUGUAAAAAUUGAUGGACUGAAAUUCAAGAUGCCAUCCAAAAUAGGACACACAAUGCCAGAAAUGGAUGUCAGUCUGAAAGGAAGCAAGGCAAAGGGAAAUGUGGAUUUUUCAGUUCCAAAGAUUGAGGGACACACAACAAAACCUGAAAUGGAGAUCAAAGGACCAGAGGUUGAUAUUGAAGGGCGUAAAGGUGUAUUUGAGAGGCCUGAAAUCAAAAUGCCAUCGUUUGGUUUUACAGGUCCUAAAGUGGUCAAGGGUCCUGAUGUGGAUCUCAACCUUCCCAAAGGUAAAAUUAAUGUAAAAACACCUGAACUUGAAGGUCCAACAGUUGAAGGAGAUAUGGAUGUAUCAAUGCCAAAGAUUGAAGGACACAUGAAAGAUGUUGGCACUGGUGGCCAUGAAAGUGGAUUCAAAAUGCCUAAAGUGAAAAUUCCAUCAUUCGGAAUUAAAGGUGCGAAAGUGGAACAGCCAGAAGUUGAUGUUGGCCAUCCAAAGGCUGAUAUUAAUGUGAAAGCUCCUGAAGUGGAUAUCAAAGUGCCAUCAAUUCAAGGAACAAAGAUUUCCAUGCGUGACGUGGAUUUAAGCGUCAAAGGUCCUGAACUCAAAGGUGAUGUGGAUAUGUCAGCUUCAAAGAUAAAAGGAAAGAUUGAAAAACUUGAUGUUGAUGUUAAAGGUCCAGGGCUCGAAAUUGAGGGGCCAAAGGGUGGAUUUGGGAUGCCUAAAAUCAAACUCCCAUCAUUUGGGGUGAAAGGUCCAAAAGUGGAAGGUCCAGAUGUUGAUAUUGACCUUCCAAAAGCUGACAUUGACAUGAAAGCACCUGGUGUUGAGAUCAAAGCUCCAGAGAUUGACAUUGAAGGGCCAGAUGCAAAACUCAAAGGACCCAAGUUCAACAUGCCAUCCAUGUCGGGACCGAAAAUAUCCAUGCCAAAUGUGGAUUUCAAUCUGAGAGGUCCCGAACUCAAAGGUGAUGUGGAUGUGUCAAUUUCAAAGAUUGAGGGUGACAUUAAAGCUCCUAAGGUCAACAUUGGAGGACCAGAUAUUGAUAUUGAGGGUCCCAAAGGAGGAUUUAAAAUGCCUAAGGUGAAAAUGCCAUCAUUUGGAGUAAAAGGUCCAAAAGUGGAAGGUCCAGAUGUUGAUAUUAACCUUCCAGAAGCCAACAUUGACGUGAAAGCACCAGACGUUGACAUCAAAGCUCCAGAGAUUGACAUUGAAGGGCCAGAUGCAAAACUCAAAGGACCCAAGUUCAACAUGCCAUCCAUGUCGGGACCGAAAAUAUCCAUGCCAAAUGUGGAUUUCAAUCUGAGAGGUCCCAAACUCAAAGGUGAUGUGGAUGUGUCGAUUCCAAAGAUUGAGGGUGACAUUAAAGCUCCUAAGGUCGACAUUGAAGGACCAGAUAUUGAUAUUGAGGGAUACAAAGGAGGAUUUAAAAUGCCUAAGGUGAAAAUGCCAUCAUUUGGAGUGAAAGGUCCAAAAGUGGAAGGUCCAGAUGUUGAUAUUAACCUUCCAGAAGCCAACAUUGACCUGAAAGCACCAGACGUUGACAUCAAAGGUCCAGAGAUUGACAUUGAAGGACCUGAUGCAAAACUCAAAGGACCCAAGUUCAACAUGCCAUCCUUUUCGGGACCGAAAAUAUCCAUGCCAAAUGUGGAUUUCAAUCUGAAAGGUCCCCAACUCAAAGGUGAUGUGGAUGUGUCAAUUCCAAAGCUUGAGGGUGACCUAAAAGCUCCCAAGGUCGAUAUUGAAGGACCAGAUGUUGACAUUGAGGGCCCCAAAGGAGGAUUUAAAAUGCCUAAGAUUAAAAUGCCAUCAUUUGGGGUGAAAGGUCCGAAAGUUGAAGGUCCAGAUGUUGAUAUUAACCUUCCAAAAGCUGAAAUUGACGUAAAAGCACCAGACGUUGACAUCAAAGCCCCAGAGAUUGACAUUCAAGGUCCAGAUGCAAAACUCAAAGGACCAAAGUUCAACAUGCCAUCCAUUUCAGGACCAAAAAUAUCCAUGCCAGAUGUGGAUUUCAAUCUGAAAGGUCCCCAACUCAAAGGUGAUGUGGAUGUGUCAAUUCCAAAGCUUGAGGGUGACCUAAAAGCUCCCAAGGUCGAUAUUGAAGGUCCAGAUGUUGAUAUUGAGGGUCCCAAAGGAGGAUUCAAAAUGCCUAAGAUUAAAAUGCCAUCAUUUGGAGUGAAAGGUCCAAAAGUUGAAGGUCCAGAUGUUGAUAUUAACCUUCCAAAAGCUGAAAUUGACGUAAAAGCACCAGACGUUGACAUCAAAGCCCCAGAGAUUGACAUUCAAGGUCCAGAUGCAAAACUCAAAGGACCAAAGUUCAACAUGCCAUCCAUUUCAGGACCAAAAAUAUCCAUGCCAGAUGUGGAUUUCAAUCUGAAAGGUCCCCAACUCAAAGGUGAUGUGGAUGUGUCAAUUCCAAAGCUUGAGGGUGACCUAAAAGCUCCCAAGGUCGAUAUUGAAGGACCAGAUGUUGAUAUUGAGGGUCCCAAAGGGGGAUUCAAAAUGCCUAAGAUUAAAAUGCCAUCAUUUGGGGUGAAAGGUCCAAAAGUGGAAGGUACAGAUGUUGACAUUAACCUUCCAAAAGGUGAAAUUGACGUGAAAGCACCAGAUGUUGACAUCAAAGCUCCAGAGAUUGACAUUGAAGGUCCAGAUGCAAAACUCAAAGGACCAAAGUUCAACAUGCCAUCCAUUUCAGGACCAAAAAUAUCCAUGCCAAAUGUGGAUUUCAAUCUGAAAGGUCCCCAACUCAAAGGUGAUGUGGAUGUGUCUAUUCCAAAGAUUCAGGGAGACAUUAAAGCUCCCAAGGUGGAUAUUCAAGGACCAGAUAUUGAUAUUGAGGGAUCCAAAGGAGGAUUUAAAAUGCCCAAGAUGAAAAUGCCAUCAUUUGGGGUGAAAGGUCCAAAAGUGGAAGGUCCAGAUGUUGAUAUUAACCUUCCAAAAGCAGACGUUCACAUGAAAGCACCUGGUGUUGACAUCAAAGCUCCAGAGAUUGACAUUGAAGGGCCAGAUGCAAAACUCAAAGGGCCCAAGUUCAACAUGCCAUCCAUUUCGGGACCAAAAAUAUCCAUGCCAGAUGUGGAUUUCCAUCUGAAAGGUCCCAAGCUCAAAGGUGAUGUGGAUGUGUCAAUUCCAAAGCUUGAGGGUGACCUAAAAGCUCCCAAGGUCGAUAUUGAAGGACCAGAUGUUGACAUUGAGAGUCCCAAAGGAGGAUUCAAAAUGCCUAAGAUUAAAAUGCCAUCAUUUGGGGUGAAAGGUCCAAAAGUGGAAGGUCCAGAUGUUGAUAUUAACCUUCCAAAAGGUGAAAUUGAUGUGAAAGCACCAGACGUUGACAUCAAAGCUCCAGAGAUUGACAUUGAAGGUCCAGAUGCAAAACUCAAAGGACCAAAGUUCAACAUGCCAUCCAUUUCAGGACCAAAAAUAUCCAUGCCAAAUGUGGAUUUCAAUCUGAAAGGUCCCCAACUCAAAGGUGAUGUGGAUGUGUCAAUUCCAAAGAUUGAGGGAGACAUUAAAGCUCCCAAGGUGGAUAUUGAAGGACCAGAUAUUGAUAUUGAGGGUCCCAAAGGAGGAUUUAAAAUGCCCAAGAUGAAAAUGCCAUCAUUUGGGGUGAAAGGUCCAAAAGUGGAAGGUCCAGAUGUUGAUAUUAACCUUCCAAAAGCAGACAUUGACAUGAAAGCACCUGGUGUUGACAUCAAAGCUCCGGAGAUUGACAUCAAAGCUCCAGAGAUUGACAUUGAAGGGCCAGAUGCAAAACUCAAAGGGCCCAAGUUCAACAUGCCAUCCAUUUCGGGACCAAAAAUAUCCAUGCCAAAUGUGGAUUUCAAUCUGAAAGGUCCCCAACUCAAAGGUGAUGUGGAUGUGUCUAUUCCAAAGAUUCAGGGAGACAUUAAAGCUCCCAAGGUGGAUAUUGAAGGAUCAGAAAUUGAUAUCGAGGGUCCCAAAGGAGGAUUUAAAAUGCCAAAGAUGAAAAUGCCAUCAUUUGGGGUGAAAGGUCCAAAAGUGGAAGGUCCAGAUGUUGAUAUUAACCUUCCAAAAGCAGACAUUGACAUGAAAGCACCUGGUAUUGACAUUAAAGCUCCAGAGAUUGACAUUCAAGGUCCAGAUGCAAAACUCAAAGGACCAAAGUUCAACAUGCCAUCCAUUUCAGGACCAAAAAUAUCCAUGCCAAAUGUGGAUUUCAAUCUGAAAGGUCCCCAACUCAAAGGUGAUGUGGAUGCGUCAAUUCCAAAGAUUGAGGGUGACAUUAAAGCUCCCAAGGUCGAUAUUGAAGGACCAGAUAUUGAUAUUGAGGGUCCCAAAGGAGGAUUUAAAAUGCCCAAGAUGAAAAUGCCAUCGUUUGGAAUGAAAGGUCCAAAAGUGGAAGGUCCAGAUGUUGAUAUUAACCUUCCAAAAGCAGACAUUGACAUGAAAGCACCUGGUGUUGACAUCAAAGCACCAGAGAUUGACAUUGAAGGGCCGGACGCAAAACUCAAAGGGCCCAAGUUCAACAUGCCAUCCAUUUCGGGACCGAAAAUAUCCAUGCCAGAUGUGGAUUUCAAUCUCAGAGGUCCAAAACUCAAAGGUGAUGUAGACGUGUCAAUUCCAAAGAUUGAGGGAGACAUUAAAGCUCCCAAGGUCGAUAUUGAAGGUCCAGAGGUUGACAUUGAGGGCCACAAAGGAGGAUUCAAAAUGCCUAAAUUUAAAAUGCCAUCGUUUGGGGUAAAAGGUCCAAAAAUGGAAGGUCCAGAUGUUGACGUUAACCUUCCAAAAGCAGACAUUGACAUGAAAGCACCAGACGUUGACAUCAAAGCUCCAGAGAUUGACAUUGAAGGUCCAGAUGCAAAACUCAAAGGACCAAAGUUCAACAUGCCAUCCUUUUCAGGACCAAAAAUAUCCAUGCCAAAUGUGGAUUUCAAUCUGAAAGGUCCCCAACUCAAAGGUGAUGUGGAUGUGUCAAUUCCAAAGAUUGAGGGAGACAUUAAAGCUCCCAAGGUGGAUAUUGAAGGACCAGAAGUUGACAUUGAGGGCCACAAAGGAGGAUUUAAAAUGCCCAAGGUGAAAAUGCCAUCAUUUGGGGUGAAAGGUCCAAAAGUGGAAGGUCCAGAUGUUGAUAUUAACCUUCCAAAAGCAGACAUUAACAUGAAAGCACCUGGUGUUGACAUCAAAGCUCCAGAGAUUGAUAUUGAAGGGCCAGAUGCAAAACUCAAAGGACCCAAGUUCAGCAUGCCAACAAUUUCUGGACCAAAAUUGUCCAUGCCAAAUGUGGAUUUCAAUCUGAAAGGUCCCAAAUUCAAAAGUGAUGUGGAUGUGUCAGUUCCAAAGAUUGAAGGAGACAUAAAAACACCUGCAGUUGACAUCAAAGGUCCAGAGGUUGAUUUGGAAGGGCCAAAGGGUGGGUUUGAUAUGCCAAAAAUCAAAAUGCCAUCAAUAUCAGGGCCUAAGCUUCCAGAUUGGGAUAUGAGUCUGAAAGGGCCCAAAAUUAAGGGAGAUGUCGAUGUGUCAGUUCCAAAGGUUGAGGCUGACAUCAAAGCUCCCAAGGUGGGAAUUGAAGGACCAGACGUUGACAUCGAGGGCCAUAAAGGAGGAUUUAAAAUGCCUAAGUUUAAAAUGCCAUCCUUUGGGAUGAAAGGUCCACAUAUUGAAGGUCCAGAAGUUGAUGUCAACCUUCCGAAAGCUGACAUGGAUAUUAAAGGCCCUGAAUUGGAUAUCAAAGGACCAGGCAUUGAUAUUGAGAGCCCAAGUGGUAAGAUCAAGGGACCAAAAUUCAAGAUGCCAUCUAUCUCAGGACCAAACAUUUCCAUGCCAGAUGUGGAUUUCAACCUGAAAGGUCCUAAACUCAAAGGUGAUGUGGAUUUGUCAGCACCAAAGAUUGAAGGAGACAUAAAAACACCUGACAUCCACAUCAAAGGUCCAGAGGUUGAUAUUGAAGGGCCAAAGGGUGGGUUUGAUAUGCCAAAAAUCAAAAUGCCAUCAAUAUCAGGACCCAAACUGCCAGAUUGGGAUAUGAGUCUGAAAGGCCCCAAAAUUAAAGGAGAUGUCGAUGUGUCAGUUCCAAAGGUUGAGGGUGACAUCAAAGCUCCCAAUGUGGAAAUUGAAGGACCAGACAUUGACAUUGAGGGCCACAAAGGAGGAUUUAAAAUGCCUAAGUUUAAAAUGCCAUCAUUUGGGAUGAAAGGUCCACAUAUUGAAGGUGCAGAUGUUGAUGUCAACCUUCCGAAAGCUGACAUGGAUAUUAAAGGCCCUGAAUUGGAUAUCAAAGGACCAGGCAUUGAUAUUGAGAGUCCAAGUGGUAAGAUCAAGGGACCAAAAUUCAAGAUGCCAACAAUCUCAGGACCAAACAUUUCCAUGCCAGAUGUUGAUUUCAACCUGAAAGGUCCUAAACUUAAAGGUGAUGUGAAUUUGUCAGCUCCAAAGAUUGAAGGAGACAUAAAAACACCUGACGUCCACAUCAAAGGUCCAGAGGUUGAUAUUGAAGGGCCAAAGGGUGGGUUUGAUAUGCCAAAAAUCAAAAUGCCAUCAAUAUCAGGACCCAAACUGCCAGAUUGGGAUAUGAGUCUGAAAGGCCCCAAAAUUAAGGGAGAUGUCGAUGUGUCAGUUCCAAAGGUUGAGGGUGACAUCAAAGCUCCCAAUGUGGAAAUUGAAGGACCAGACAUUGACAUUGAGGGCCAUAAAGGAGGAUUUAAAAUGCCUAAGUUUAAAAUGCCAUCAUUUGGGAUGAAAGGUCCACAUAUUGAAGGGCCAGACGUUGAUGUCAACCUUCCGAAAGCUGACAUGGAUAUUAAAGGCCCUGAAUUGGAUAUCAAAGGACCAGGCAUUGAUAUUGAGAGUCCAAGUGGUAAGAUCAAGGGACCAAAAUUCAAGAUGCCAACAAUCUCAGGACCAAACAUUUCCAUGCCAGAUGUUGAUUUCAACCUGAAAGGUCCUAAACUUAAAGGUGAUGUGAAUUUGUCAGCUCCAAAGAUUGAAGGAGACAUAAAAACACCUGACGUCCACAUCAAAGGUCCAGAGGUUGAUAUUGAAGGGCCAAAGGGUGGGUUUGAUAUGCCAAAAAUCAAAAUGCCAUCAAUAUCAGGACCCAAGCUGCCAGAUUGGGAUAUGAGUCUGAAAGGCCCCAAAAUUAAGGGAGAUGUCGAUGUGUCAGUUCCAAAGGUUGAGGCUGACAUCAAAGCUCCCAAGGUGGAAAUUGAAGGACCAGACGUUGACAUCGAGGGCCACAAAGGAGGAUUUAAAAUGCCUAAGUUUAAAAUGCCAUCCUUUGGGGUGAAAGGUCCACAUAUUGAAGGUGCAGAUGUUGAUGUCAAUCUUCCGAAAGCUGACAUGGAUAUUAAAGGCCCUGAAUUGGAUAUCAAAGGACCAGGCAUUGACAUCGAGAGUCCAAGUGGUAAAAUCAAGGGACCGAAAUUCAAGAUGCCAACAAUCUCAGGACCAAACAUUUCCAUGCCAGAUGUGGAUUUCAACCUGAAAGGUCCUAAACUCAAAGGAGAUGUCGAUGUGUCAGUUCCAAAGGUUGAGGGUGACAUCAAAGCUCCCAAUGUGGAAAUUGAAGGACCAGACAUUGACAUUGAGGGCCACAAAGGAGGAUUUAAAAUGCCUAAGUUUAAAAUGCCAUCAUUUGGGAUGAAAGGUCCACAUAUUGAAGGGCCAGAUGUUGAUGUCAACCUUCCGAAAGCUGACAUGGAUAUUAAAGGCCCUGAAUUGGAUAUCAAAGGACCAGGCAUUGAUAUUGAGAGUCCAAGUGGUAAGAUCAAGGGACCAAAAUUCAAGAUGCCAACAAUCUCAGGACCAAACAUUUCCAUGCCAGAUGUUGACUUCAACCUGAAAGGUCCUAAACUUAAAGGUGAUGUGAAUUUGUCAGCUCCAAAGAUUGAAGGAGACAUAAAAACACCUGACAUCCACAUCAAAGGUCCAGAGGUUGAUAUUGAAGGGCCAAAGGGUGGGUUUGAUAUGCCAAAAAUCAAAAUGCCAUCAAUAUCAGGACCCAAGCUGCCAGAUUGGGAUAUGAGUCUGAAAGGCCCCAAAAUUAAGGGAGAUGUCGAUGUGUCAGUUCCAAAGGUUGAGGCUGACAUCAAAGCUCCCAAGGUGGAAAUUGAAGGCCCAGACGUUGACAUCGAGGGCCAUAAAGGAGGAUUUAAAAUGCCUAAGUUUAAAAUGCCAUCCUUUGGGGUGAAAGGUCCAAAUAUUGAAGGUGCAGAUGUUGAUGUCAGCCUUCCGAAAGCUGACAUGGAUAUUAAAGGCCCUGAAUUGGAUAUCAAAGGACCAGGCAUUGACAUAGAGAGUCCGAGUGGUAAAAUCAAGGGACCGAAAUUCAAGAUGCCAACAAUCUCAGGACCUAACAUUUCCAUGCCAGAUGUGGAUUUCAAUCUGAAAAGUCCCAAACUCAAAGGUGAUGUGGAUGUAUCUGUUCCAAACAUUGAAGGAGACAUAAAAACACCUGAGAUCAACAUAAAAGGUCCAGACGUUGAUAUUGAAGGCCCGAAAGGAGGAUUUGAAAUGCCAAAAAUCAAAAUGCCAUCAUUUGGCUUCAAAGGUCCAAAAGUGGAAGGGCCAGAUGUUGAUAUAAACCUUCCCAAAGCAGACAUUGAUGUCAAAGCACCUGAUGUUGACAUUAAUGUGCCUAAUGUUGAUAUUGAGGGGCCAGACGCAAAACUCAAGGGGGCACAAUUUAAGUUGCCAUCAAUCUCAGGACCAAAGUUGCCAGACUGGGAUAUCAACCUGAAAGGACCCAAGAUAAAGGGAGAUAUGUCAGUUCCAAAGAUAGAGGGAAACAUAAAAACACCGGAAGUUAACAUCAAAGGUCCCAAUGUUGACUUUGAAUCCCCAGGGGGAAACCUUCAUGGGCCAAAAGUUAAGUUACCAAAAAUAUCUGGACCAAAAAUAUCAUUGCCAGAUGUUGAUAUAAAUCUGAAGGGGCCAAAGUUGAAGGGUGACUUGACAGGAGAUGUUCAAUUGCCAAAAGCUGAACUUGAAGGACCAGAUGCCACAAUAGAUGUCCCAGAAAUCGGAACAAAGAAAUCAAAGUUUAAAAUGCCAAAGUUUGGAUUCAAGGGUGCAAAGCCAAAGGCACCAGAAGUGGAUAUUAGCAUGAAAGGGAAGACUGGUAGCUCUGAAGGUCUUGAUCUUGACCUGGGAUUGACUGGUCCAAAAGUGAAAGGAUCCAAAUUCAAGAUACCAAAGUUUGGUUUCAAAGGUCCAAAGGUUGAAAUGCCAGACGUUGAUGUUAAUCUUCCCAAAGCUGGCAUUGAAAUAAAAGCUCCAGAUGUUGACAUUGAAGGACCUGAUGUUAAAAUUGAGAGUCCUGAUGGCAAAAUGAAAGGAACAAAACUCAAAAUGCCAACAAUCUCAGGACCAAAGAUUUCCAUGCCAGAUGUGGAUUUCAAUCUGAAAGGUCCCAAACUCAAAGGUGAUGUGGAUGUAUCUGUUCCAAACAUUGAAGGAGACAUAAAAACACCUGAGAUCAACAUCAAAGGUCCAGACGUUGAUAUUGAAGGCCCAAAAGGAGGAUUUGAAAUGCCUAAAAUCAAAAUGCCCUCCUUUGGCUUCAAAGGUCCAAAAGUGGAAGGGCCAGAUGUUGAUAUAAACCUUCCCAAAGCAGACAUUAAUGUGAAAUCACCUGAUAUUGAUAUUAAAGGACCAGAGGUUGACGUUGAAGGCCCUGAUGCAAAACUCAAAGGACCCAAAUUCAGCAUGCCAACAAUUUCUGGACCAAAAUUCUCCAUGCCAAAUGUGGAUUUCAAUCUGAAAGGUCCCAAACUCAAAGGUGAUGUGGAUGUGUCAGUUCCAAAGAUAGAGGGAGACAUAAAAACACCUGAAGUUGACAUCAAAGGUCCAGAGGUUGAUAUUGAAGGUCCAAAAGGUGGAUUCGACAUGCCUAAAAUCAAAAUGCCAUCCUUUGGCUUCAAAGGUCCAAAAGUGGAAGGACCAGAUGUUGAUAUAAACCUUCCAAAAACAAACAUUGAUGUGAAAGCACCUGACGUUGAAAUUAAAGGCCCUGAAGUUGACAUUGAAGGACCAGAUGCAAAACUCAAAGGACCCAAGUUCAGUAUGCCAACAAUUUCUGGACCGAAAUUCUCCAUGCCAAAUGUGGAUUUCAAUCUGAAAGGACCCAAACUCAAAGGUGAUGUGGACGUGUCAGUUCCAAAGAUAGAGGGAGACAUAAAAACACCUGAAGUUGACAUCAAAGGUCCAGAGGUUGAUAUUGAAGGGCCAAAGGGUGGAUUUGAAAUGCCUAAAAUAAAAAUGCCAUCAAUAUCAGGACCCAAGCUGCCAGAAUGGGAUAUCAGUCUAAAAGGGCCCAAAGUAAAGGGAGACGUCGACGUGUCAGUUCCAAAAGUUGAGGGUGACAUCAAAGCUCCCAAGGUGGAUAUUCAAGGACCAGAUGUUGACAUUGAGGGCCACAAAGGAGGAUUUAAAAUGCCUAAGUUUAAAAUGCCAUCAUUUGGGAUGAAAGGUCCAAAUAUUGAGGGUCCAGAAGUUGAUGUCAGCCUUCCUAAAGGCGACAUUGAUAUCAAAGCCCCUGAGUUAGACAUCAAAGGACCAGGCAUUGACUUUGAGAGUCCGAGUGGUAAGAUCAAGGGACCAAAAUUCAAGAUGCCAACUAUCUCAGGACCAAACAUUUCCAUGCCAGACGUUGAUUUCAACCUGAAAGGUCCCAAACUCAAAGGUGAUGUUGAUGUGUCAGGUCCAAAGAUUGAAGGAGAAAUAAAAACACCUGAUUUUGACAUCAAAGGUCCACAUGUUGACAUCGAAGGGCCUAAGGGUGGAUUUGAAAUGCCAAAAAUCAAAAUGCCAUCAUUUGGUUUCAAAGGUCCAAAAGUGGAGGGUCCAGAUGUUGAUAUAAAUCUUCCCAAAGCCGACAUGGAUGUUAAAGCACCUGAUAUUGACAUCAAAGGGCCAGAAUUUGAUGUUGAAGGUCCUGACGCAAAACUCAGAGGACCCAAAUUUAAGCUGCCAUCGUUAUCAGGACCUACACUGCCAGAUUGGGAUAUUAGUCUGAAAGGACCCAAAGUAAAGGGAGAUGUGGAUGUGUCAGUUCCAAAGAUUGAAGGAGACAUAAAAGCUCCUAAAGUGGAUAUUGAAGGACCAGAUGUUGACAUUGAGGGCCACAAAGGAGGAUUUAAAAUGCCUAAGUUUAAAAUGCCAACCUUUGGGAUGAAAGGUCCAAAUGUUGAAGGGCCAGAUGUUGAUGUCAGCCUUCCCAAAGGCGAGAUUGAUAUUAAAGGCCCUGAGUUAGACAUCAAAGGACCAGGCGUUGACAUUGAGAGUCCGAGUGGUAAAAUCAAGGGACCAAAAUUCAAGAUGCCAUCUAUCUCAGGACCAAACAUUUCCAUGCCAGACAUUGAUUUCAACCUGAAAAGUCCCAAACUCAAAGGUGAUGUUGAUGUGUCAGGUCCAAAGAUUGAAGGAGACAUAAAAACACCUGAUUUUGACAUCAAAGGUCCACAUGUUGAUAUCGAAGGGCCUAAGGGUGGAUUUGAAAUGCCGAAAAUCAAAAUGCCAUCAUUUGGUUUCAAAGGUCCAAAAGUGGAGGGUCCAGAUGUUGAUAUAAAUCUUCCCAAAGCCAACAUAGAUGUUAAAGCUCCUGGUAUUGACAUCAAAGGGCCAGAAUUUGAUGUUGAAGGUCCUGACGCAAAACUCAGAGGACCCAAAUUUAAGCUGCCAUCGUUAUCAGGACCUACACUGCCAGACUGGGAUAUGAGUCUAAAAGGGCCCAAAGUAAAAGGAGAUGUGGAUGUGUCAGUUCCAAAGAUUGAAGGAGACAUAAAAGCUCCUAAAGUGGAUAUUGAAGGACCAGAUGUUGACAUUGAGGGCCACAAAGGAGGAUUUAAAAUGCCUAAGUUUAAAAUGCCAACCUUUGGGAUGAAAGGUCCACAUAUUGAAGGGCCAGAAGUUGAUGUCAGCCUUCCUAAAGGUGACAUUGAUAUUAAAGGCCCUGAGUUAGACAUCAAAGGACCAGGCGUUGACUUUGAGAGUCCGAGUGGUAAGAUCAAGGGAUCAAAAUUCAAGAUGCCAACUAUCUCAGGACCAAACAUUUCCAUGCCAGAUGUUGAUUUCAACCUGAAAAGUCCCAAAAUCAAAGGUGAUCUUGAUGUGUCAGGUCCAAAGAUUGAAGGAGACAUAAAAACACCAGAGUUUGACAUCAGAGGUCCACAUGUUGAUAUCGAAGGGCCUAAGGGUGGAUUUGAAAUGCCAAAAAUCAAAAUGCCAUCAUUUGGUUUCAAAGGUCCAAAAGUGGAAGGUCCAGAUGUUGAUAUAAAUCUUCCCAAAGCCGACAUAGAUGUUAAAGCACCUGAUAUUGACAUCAAAGGGCCAGAAUUUGAUGUUGAAGGUCCUGACGCAAAACUCAAAGGACCCAAAUUUAAGCUGCCAUCCUUAUCAGGACCUACAUUGCCAGAUUGGGAUAUGAGUCUGAAAGGGCCCAAAGUAAAGGGAGAUGUGAAUGUGUCAGUUCCAAAGAUUGAAGGAGACAUAAAAGCUCCUAAAGUGGAUAUUGAAGGACCAGAUGUUGACAUUGAGGGCCACAAAGGAGGAUUUAAAAUGCCUAAGUUUAAAAUGCCAACCUUUGGGAUGAAAGGUCCAAAUAUUGAGGGUCCAGAAGUUGAUGUCAGCCUUCCUAAAGGCGACAUUGAUAUCAAAGGCCCUGAGUUAGACAUCAAAGGACCAGGCGUUGACAUUGAGAGUCCGAGUGGUAAAAUCAAGGGACCAAAAUUCAAGAUGCCAACUAUCUCAGGACCAAACAUUUCCAUGCCAGACGUUGAUUUCAACCUGAAAGGUCCCAAACUCAAAGGUGAUGUUGAUGUGUCAGGUCCAAAGAUUGAAGGAGACAUAAAAACACCUGAUUUUGACAUCAAAGGUCCACAUGUUGAUAUCGAAGGGCCUAAGGGUGGAUUUGAAAUGCCAAAAAUCAAAAUGCCAUCAUUUGGUUUCAAAGGCCCAAAAGUGGAGGGUCCAGAUGUUGAUAUAAAUCUUCCCAAAGUCGACAUAGAUGUUAAAGCACCUGAUAUUGACAUCAAAGGGCCAGAAUUUGAUGUUGAAGGUCCUGACGCAAAACUCAAAGGACCCAAAUUUAAGAUGCCAUCGUUAUCAGGACAUACACUGCCAGACUGGGAUAUGAGUCUAAAAGGGCCCAAAGUAAAAGGAGAUGUGGAUGUGUCAGUUCCAAAGAUUGAAGGAGACAUAAAAGCUCCUAAAGUGGAUAUUGAAGGACCAGAUGUUGACAUUGAGGGCCACAAAGGAGGAUUUAAAAUGCCUAAGUUUAAAAUGCCAACCUUUGGGAUGAAAGGUCCACAUAUUGAAGGGCCAGAUGUUGAUGUCAGCCUUCCUAAAGGCGACAUUGAUAUUAAAGGCCCUGAGUUAGACAUCAAAGGACCAGGCGUUGACAUUGAGAGUCCGAGUGGUAAAAUCAAGGGACCAAAAUUCAAGAUGCCAACUAUCUCAGGACCAAACAUUUCCAUGCCAGACGUUGAUUUCAACCUGAAAAGUCCCAAAAUCAAAGGUGAUCUUGAUGUGUCAGGUCCAAAGAUUGAAGGAGACAUAAAAACACCUGAUUUUGACAUCAAAGGUCCACAUGUUGAUAUCGAAGGGCCUAAGGGUGGAUUUGAAAUGCCGAAAAUCAAAAUGCCAUCAUUUGGUUUCAAAGGUCCAAAAGUGGAGGGUCCAGAUGUUGAUAUAAAUCUUCCCAAAGCCGACAUAGAUGUUAAAGCACCUGAUAUUGACAUCAAAGGGCCAGAAUUUGAUGUUGAAGGUCCUGACGCAAAACUCAAAGGACCCAAAUUUAAGCUGCCAUCUUUAUCAGGACCUACACUGCCAGACUGGGAUAUGAGUCUAAAAGGGCCCAAAGUAAAAGGAGAUGUGGAUGUGUCAGUUCCAAAGAUUGAAGGAGACAUAAAAGCUCCUAAAGUGGAUAUUGAAGGACCAGAUGUUGACAUUGAGGGCCACAAAGGAGGAUUUAAAAUGCCUAAGUUUAAAAUGCCAACCUUUGGGAUGAAAGGUCCACAUAUUGAAGGGCCAGAAGUUGAUGUCAGCCUUCCUAAAGGUGACAUUGAUAUUAAAGGCCCUGAGUUAGACAUCAAAGGACCAGGCGUUGACAUUGAGAGUCCGAGUGGUAAGAUCAAGGGAUCAAAAUUCAAGAUGCCAACUAUCUCAGGACCAAACAUUUCCAUGCCAGAUGUUGAUUUCAACCUGAAAAGUCCCAAACUCAAAGGUGAUCUUGAUGUGUCAGGUCCAAAGAUUGAAGGAGACAUAAAAACACCUGAUUUUGACAUCAAAGGUCCACAUGUUGAUAUCGAAGGGCCUAAGGGUGGAUUUGAAAUGCCAAAAAUCAAAAUGCCAUCAUUUGGUUUCAAAGGUCCAAAAGUGGAGGGUCCAGAUGUUGAUAUAAAUCUUCCCAAAGCCGACAUAGAUGUUAAAGCUCCUGGUAUUGACAUCAAAGGGCCAGAAUUUGAUGUUGAAGGUCCUGACGCAAAACUCAGAGGACCCAAAUUUAAGCUGCCAUCGUUAUCAGGACCUACACUGCCAGACUGGGAUAUGAGUCUAAAAGGGCCCAAAGUAAAAGGAGAUGUGGAUGUGUCAGUUCCAAAGAUUGAAGGAGACAUAAAAGCUCCUAAAGUGGAUAUUGAAGGACCAGAUGUUGACAUUGAGGGCCACAAAGGAGGAUUUAAAAUGCCUAAGUUUAAAAUGCCAACCUUUGGGAUGAAAGGUCCACAUAUUGAAGGGCCAGAAGUUGAUGUCAGCCUUCCUAAAGGUGACAUUGAUAUUAAAGGCCCUGAGUUAGACAUCAAAGGACCAGGCGUUGACUUUGAGAGUCCGAGUGGUAAGAUCAAGGGAUCAAAAUUCAAGAUGCCAACUAUCUCAGGACCAAACAUUUCCAUGCCAGAUGUUGAUUUCAACCUGAAAAGUCCCAAAAUCAAAGGUGAUCUUGAUGUGUCAGGUCCAAAGAUUGAAGGAGACAUAAAAACACCUGAUUUUGACAUCAAAGGUCCACAUGUUGAUAUCGAAGGGCCUAAGGGUGGAUUUGAAAUGCCGAAAAUCAAAAUGCCAUCAUUUGGUUUCAAAGGUCCAAAAGUGGAGGGUCCAGAUGUUGAUAUAAAUCUUCCCAAAGCCGACAUAGAUGUUAAAGCUCCUGGUAUUGACAUCAAAGGGCCAGAAGUUGAUGUUGAAGGUCCUGAUGGAAAACUGAAAGGACCCAAAUUUAAGCUGCCAUCGUUAUCAGGACCCACACUGCCCGAUUGGGAUAUGAGUCUGAAAGGGCCCAAAGUAAAAGGAGAUGUGGAUGUGUCAGUUCCAAAGAUUGAGGGAGACAUAAAAGCACCCAAGGUGGAUAUUGAAGGACCAGAAGUUGACAUUGAGGGCCACAAAGGAGGAUUUAAAAUGCCCAAGAUGAAAAUGCCAUCAUUUGGGAUGAAAGGUCCAAAUGUUGAAGGGCCAGAAGUUGAUUUCAGCCUUCCUAAAGGCGACAUUGAUAUUAAAGGCCCUGAGUUAGACAUCAAAGGACCAGGCAUUGACAUUGAGAGUCCGAGUGGUAAAAUCAAGGGACCAAAAUUCAAGAUGCCAACUAUCUCAGGACCAAACCUUUCAAUGCCAAAUGUGGAUUUCAAUCUGAAAGGUCCUAAACUUAAAGGUGACAUGGAUUUGUCUGCUCCUAAAAUAGAGGGAGAUAUAAAAACACCUGAAGUUGACAUCAAAAGUCCUCAGGUUGAUAUUGAAGGGCGAAAAGGUGGAUUUGACAUGCCCAAUAUCAAAAUACCAUCAUUGAACAUCAAAGGUCCAAACAUAAGGGGACCUGACGUUGAUUUAAACUUGCCCAAAGCAAACAUUGAUGUGAAAGCACCUGAUGUUGACAUCAAAUGUCCAGAAGUUGAUAUUGAAGGUCCAAAAGGUGGAUUCGACAUGCCUAAAAUGAAAAUGCCAUCCUUUGGCUUCAAAGGUCCAAAAGUAGAAGGACCAGAUGUUGAUAUAAACCUUCCCAAAGCAAACAUUGAUGUAAAAGCACCUGAUCUAGAUAUCGGUGUAAAAGGGCCUAAAGUCAAAGGAAAGAUGGGUGUAUCAAUGCCCAAAUUGGAAGGAGACAUCAAAGGUGCAAAUGCUAACAUUGCAGCACCCACCAUCACUAUGGAAGGUGUGUCCAUUGAUCCUGUAAAGACAGGUGUUACAUUUCCCAAGUUCAGAGGUCCUAAGUUUGGAAUGAAAUCCCCAGAAGUGGAGGGCCCUGAUUCCACGUUUAAGGCACCCAAGUUCAGUGUGGGAGCAAAGGCUUCCAAAUCAGAAGUUAGUCUCCCAGAUACUGAAGCAAGCCUUGAUGCCCCUGAUAUUGAUAUACAUGUAAAGGGCAAAAAGGGUAAAUUUAAACUUCCUAAAGUGAAAGGAAAGGCGAAGAAACCUGAUGCUGACUUCGAAACACCAGCAGUGAACUUGGAUAUAGACACACCCAAUAUCCAUGUCAAAGGAACAAAGGCAAAGAAGCAUCGUUUUGGUAAGCUUCAUUUUCCUGAUGUGGAGCUGGAUAUCAAAUCACCAAAAUUGAAAGGCGAUGGAUCUUUAUCAGAGGGAUUAAAAUCACCUGAUCUAAAUUUGUCAUCUGGUAGCUUAAAGACCACCAUUGACAGUCCAAAUGUUAGCUUGGAAGGGCCAGAUGUGAAAUUAAAGACUCCUAAUAUUAAAAUGCCAAAUGUGAACCUGUCUGCUCCUGAUGUUGAUGCAAAUCUAAACAGACACGGAGAGGCAACCAUGUCUGCAGGUUUUAAAGGCCAGAAAGUAAAUGUGAAAGGUGGUGCAGAGACUGAUGCAAGUGUUUCAGGAGGCAGUGUAAGUGGUGGCCUUCAUUACCCAGAGGGUAUUGUAACAUUUCCCAAACUGAAGGUCCCAAAAUUUGGUAUUGCUCUGCCUCUGUUGGAGGGGCAGCAAGGUGGAGGAAAUGUUGAAUCAGAACUUGCAGCUAGUGGAGGCAUAAACAUGCAGUCUCCAUCUGUGAGUUGCCAAGUCAGUUCACAAAACAUUGAGGUUCCCAGCCCAGAACUGAGGCACAGUGAAGGCAAAGUAAAGGUAAAGAUGCCAAAAUUGUUUGGCAAAUCAAAACCAAAGGGCAGUAGUGUAGGUGAUCUUCAGGGGUCAGAGGUAGAACUGAGUGCAAGUGGAAAAGACCUAAGUGUACAUACUGGGAAACAGAUGGGUGGGAAAUUAGAAUUAGAAGGUGACUCUGGACUCAGUGUGUCAACGAAAGGCAAGUCAGCCUCACUGGAUCUAUUUAAGAAAUCAAGGCAUCGAUCCUCCUCCCUGAGUGAUGAGGGGGGGCUUGCAGUUAGUUCUCCUUCCACUCACUUGGAAGCUGAGGGUGGUGACAUUUCAUUAGACCUAGGAGGAAGCAAGGCCAAGGGAAAGAAAGGCAAGUUAAAGUUUGGCACUUUCGGAGGUUUUGGUUCAAAGUCAAAGGGCUCAUAUGAAGUGACACUUGGUGAAGACAGUGAAGUAGGAGUGGAGGGAAGUGCGGCAGGUGUUUCUGUACACUCUAAAAAAUCAAGAUUGUCUUCAUCUUCCAGCAGUGACAGUGGUUCAAGAAGUGGUUUCAGGUUUCCAAGACUUGAACUAUCUGUUUCACCGAAAAAAUAAUUAAUUAUGAAGCAAAUUAAACUCUCUCAUGUACACCCAAAUACCCUCUACUAAUAAGGCAAAAUCUUCAAACUUAAGUUCUUUAAAACCUAAAGGACGUACACAUUUCAUCUCAAUGUUCAAGUACGAGUAGUUCUUCAGUUUUUCAGCAAUUAGACAGAAGUGCAUGAGAAUGUUUAAAAUCCAUUCAAACUGUAAAUAAGAUUAAUUUGUAUUGUAAUAAUAAAUAUUGUUUUUGUAUAUAGUCCAGAUUUAUUGAACAUAUGCAACCUCACCAAAUUUUCACCAAUAGUUUAUUAGAGGGUUUGUCAAUGUGUCCUAUCUCAUUCUAUUAAAUGAAUGUUGUUAAUGAAUGGGUGUGGUAUAUUUGUAUCCAGGGGUCUAUUGCACAACAGAUAGUUACAAUAGUUAUGUUGAAGGAAAAUGUUGUUUAUACACCCAGACACAAACAUAAACAGUUAACAGUUUAUAUAUGACAUUAUUUUAUUUUCAAGCUUUGACAUUUUAUAAUCAGUGCAGAAGAUUUUGUGGUGGUGUUGUAUAUACCAUAAUUGCAAUCAUUGUUUUGAAACUAUCAGCUCUUUAAAGAGCUGUCAGUACUUUUCUGUUUUUUAUUGACACUCAAAUUCUGGGCAAUUUACAAAAAAUAUGCAUCUCCUUCAGUUGUUUUAAACAUGUUUUGCCUCCUAAUCCUGUAUCAUUUUCAUGCUUACCUGUUUUAUGAUCCUCUUUAUUAUUAUUGUUUUCAUUUGCUGUCACUCUGUUUGUACACACAUGAUUACAUAAACAAAAAAAUCACAGUCACUUUUUGAUGUCAUUUGUUUGCAAACAAAAUCUGUGUUAAUAGAAAUUUAAUGGAGAUAAAGCAUGAUUCAUGGUCUAUUCUUUUGUGUGCAUUCUGCUGAAUAAACUAAAUAAAAAAAUUAUAGAAUUUA